AUGACGUGGGAUCUGAAGCCUCAAAUGAAGGGCUUAGAGGAAAUGGGCGUGCAGGCGCAGAUCGAGGGUGCUGGUGGUAAAGCACAUGGUGUUAUAUGGAUCCCGAAUGCCAUCGACAACGAAACUGUUACGCGAUCUUACGCUCGGUCGGGGUAUCUCGACCCUGUCGCAAAUCGAAGUAACCUCCAAGUGGUGACAAUGCACAGAGUUAAUGAGGUGGUGUUUGAUGAUAAGAAGCAUGCCACUGGAAUUCGAGUUUGGCCGAGGAACACAAACAGUACAGAAUCUGUGUUCACCGUCAAUUCCAGAAAAGAAGUAAUUAUAACGGCCGGAACUCUACACAGUCCACAGAUUCUUCAGAGGAGUGGUAUUGGACCUGCAGAGAUUCUCCAGAAAGCGGAUGUCCCGAUUGUGGUGGAUUUGCCGGGCGUUGGCAGCAACCUUCAAGACCACCCUAGCAGUAUAACAUCCUUUAAUUCGUUUGGCAACUCCAGUUUCGUGGACUGGGCUAACGAGGAGUGGGAGAAAUACCGCCGUGGACCUUAUUCACAGACUACGACAAACUUGGCUGGCUUAAUCCCGCUGAAACAGCUUAGUCCUACCAAGUGGGAUUCGAUCGUGGAGGCUUACAAGUCACAACACGUGGAGUCGUACCUGCCCAAUACAUAUACGACUGCAUUGAUUCACGGCUAUAAAGCUCAGCGGGAGGUUCUUGCAGCCUCCAUGUCAAGAGAAGAUAACGCUGUUGUCGAAUAUCCUAUCAACGCAGGAGGCACAACGUUCUUGGUGCUUACGAAACCAGCCAGCCGUGGGACUGUAACGCUUAAUCAGACCAAUAUAUACGCCGAGCCAAUUCUUGAUUACGGCACACACACCGACCCGGUUGACGUUCUGGUGGCGAACGAGGCGCUGAGGUUCUCGCGCCGUUUCCAUCAAACACCAACCAUGAACACCUCGUUUGGUCCAGUGGAGGUAGUUCCUGCACCAGAAAUUACAACGGAUGAGGAAUUGGAGUACUACAUCCGGACCACCGCAAGUUCUACUACAGGCCACCUCAGUGGAACCUGCUCCAUGAUGCCACAAGAGUUGGGGGGCGUUGUCAGCCCGGACCUUUUGGUCUAUGGAGUUACGGGGCUCAGUGUGGCGGACUCUAGUAUUAUGCCGCUCAUUCCUGGAGCACAUACCUGUGCUUCGGUGUACGCUGUCGCUGAGAAGGUUGACUUGAGUACCUAUGCGAACGUCAUGGAUGGCCAUUUCGCCAUCAGCACAAGCCCAGAAACCCGCAUGUUCCCAAUGCACUUCUUGGAGUCCGCGACAAUGGUGGUGCUGUUCCUCGAGGUGGUGCUGUUCCUCGAGGUGGCCUGCUGCGCCACCAACGUCUUUGUUCCGGUGUACUUCUUGCCUCUCUUUUUCCAGUUCGUCAAGGCGGACAUGGCCAUCUGGGCUGGCGUGCUCAAAGAAUCUACCGAGUUGGCCAACAUCUACGGCCAUAAGAUCCUACCGGGCCUAGGCUCCGGCGCCGCCACACAAGUCACAUUCGCCAUCGCCUCAAUGAAGGUACUUCCCGCCGACAUUAGACGCAGCACCGGGUGGGAGGCAUUCGUGCAGCUGGGAGGACCGACCAUCAGCCUCAGUAUCGCGCAGGCUAUCUUCAUUAACAAGGCUCAGUCCGCCGUUGGAUCGCUGCUGCCGAGUCUCAACAUCGAGGAGAUUAGCACUAUCAUCUCGGACCCGGCAAGUGAGCUGUUGAGGAGCCUUUCGGACCAGAUGCAAUGUGAAGUCGAGAGAGAUGUUGUCAAUACGAUGCACGAUGCAUAA